UAAUCAGAGUGACGUCAUUAUGGCCACGACUUCACACCAAGAUGGCGGACCUGUGACUGAGAUUUCGAUGUUUUGAGGAGGAAUCUUCGCGAAUUUCUUGCAAUUCAUGACUUUUUCCUGCAAUUCCUGAGGAAACUUACCAUGUCAAACGUUCUAGUAAACCGGUAUCUGCCGGUGGCGCGUCAGCACUUUGUGACGACGCUGACGAACACAAGUGUGGUGGUAAAAGCCGUGUGCGGUGUCGUCUGUCUCAGCUACCUAGUCUCCUUGGGAGUCGAUCUCGUCGAACCGUUGAGCAUCAACCCUGGCUUCCUCAUCCCUUCUACCUUCAGGAUCUGGACUCUACUCACUCACGGAUUACUAGAAACGCAGAUUCUUCACGCUGUUAUGAGUAUAGCGGCGGUAGUGGCAGCGGGGAAACUGCUGGAGCCGAUAUGGGGUGCUCUGGAGCUCCUGAUCUUCCUGACUCUCGUUACCAUAGUUACCGGGAUAUUCUCCGCCUUCUUCUACCUGUUUGUGUACAUGGCGACGUCGGACGAUUCCUACAUCUUUGAGGUGCACAUAUACGGGCUGACGGGGUUCGCGGCUGGUGUCUGUGUGGCGUUAAAGCAGACGAGACCAGACCAGGUGUUGGUACCAGCCGUGGACCUACGCGUGAAACACGUGCCCCUCCUGCUGUUGGUGGGGUCCAUCCUGCUAAAGGUCGCCACGGUUACGACAGGUACGUACCCUGUGAUGAGUGGGAUGGGCAUCCUGUCCAGCUGGAUUUACCUGCGGUUCUACCAGCGCCAUGGUAACCAGGGGAAGGGCGACAUGGGCGACGUCUUCACCUUCGCCACGUUCUUCCCCGAACCCGUCCAGGCUCCCAUCGCCAUCCUGGCCAACACGGUGUACAGCGGACUGGUCAAGAUCAAGGUGUGUAAGAAGACAGUGAAGAGGUACGAUGUGGGAGCUCCGUCCUCCAUCACCAUCUCUCUCCCCGGUACCGACCCUGCUGAUGCCGAGAGAAGAAGGAAAAAAGCCCUGCAAGCCCUUAAUGAACGACUGAGUAAGGUGCAGCAGCCAGAAGAAGAGGAAGGCGACUGGCCCGCGAUGGAAGAAGUCGCUGCCGAUUCAGUCGUCGUAGAGAUAGAGGGAGACAAGAAAAAGGUUCCGACGCCGCAUAGAAGUCCUCACUCCUCCACGCGAGGCACCCCUCGAGCUGCUAGUCCUGAACCCGCCAACAGCCCUGCUAACAUGCCCAACGGCCCGACCAACUUUAGCAAUGACGAAAACAACAAAACACCACCAGGGGAGGGCCCUAGUUGAGGCAAAUACUAUAGUCAUAUUAGACAUAAUGAGUAAUGCAAGUAAUGCUGUAAUAGUAGCCUCCGUAGCAUGCCAAAAAAUGGGGGUUUGGGGGGUCUUCAGAGUCUUUUAUGUGCUAUUUUCUGAUUGCAUAUAGACAGUCAA